AUGUCUCUUACAGGAAGUUGCUUGUGUGGGGAGGUGGCUUAUGCCAGCAGCAGCCCGGCGACGCUCACGGCUCUCUGCCACUGCUCAGACUGCCAGAAGUGGACUGGCUCAACAUAUACCGCAAAUGCCGUAGUCCCAGAGGCGUCCUUCCAGGUUACCAAGGGCGAGCCCAAGUUUUACGACACCAUCGGUGACUCUGGAAAGAAGAACAGACACUUCUUCUGCGCAAACUGCGGUUCCAGCCUGUACGGAGUGCUGGACGUCAUGCCCGGCGAGAUUGUCAUCAAGAGCGGCGGAUUGGAUAACGGAGCGGCCGACCUGAAGAACGUUGGGCUUGAGUUUUACUGCGAGAGGAGGUUGAGCUUUGUCCCACCAACAGAGGGAGCCAAACAAGUUCCUCGCUUUGGAUAG